AUUAAUCGGGCUCGAGAUCUUGUUUUGCAGCCGCUAGGUGGUGCUUUGUUUAUCUUCGCAGUCGAAACAGUAACACGCCCAAAGUUCUGAGGAAUUUUGUUUUUAUAUGAAGAAUAUUCUUUAAUUUGACGGAUAUCUUUCGUAAUUUGAAACCCUGAGACAUGGCCGGUUGUUGUAAUACUAUAGCAAGAGGACUGCUGAUUCUCUUCAACAUCAUCUUCUGGCUUUCUGGAGCUGCACUGCUGGGUUUGGGAAUUUGGUUCAAAGUUGACAAGAACGUUAACUCUUAUUUCGAUGUUGUGGACGUGGAUACGGAGGAUCCGUAUUUUGAUUAUGCGGUGUACGUCCUGAUCGGGUUUGGAGCGUUUAUUUUCCUCGUGGGAUUUUGUGGAUGUUGUGGGGCCAUCAGAGAAAGCAAAUGUCUGCUAGGAUUUUAUGUUUUCUUUUUGAUCCUCAUCAUUGGAGGAGAAGUUGCAGCUGGUGCCCUAGGCUUCAUUUAUAAAGACAAGGUGGAAACAAAAGUUAAUGAUCUUCUUAUGGAAACCAUGGCCAAGUACAGAAUCAGCAAGAACAUCAGGACUUCCUGGGACUUUGUACAGAUUGAGCUGGAUUGUUGUGGAUCAAAUUCAUAUGAAGACUGGGACAAAUUCAACAUAACAUAUAAUGCAGUGAGGAAAGAUUUUCCUGCGUCAUGCUGUGUAUUGGUGGACAAAGAAACAGCCAUUGAUAACCUGGACAGUGCAAUGCCAAAAAAUGCCACAUUCUGUUUUAAUCAAACAACUGGUUAUUAUCACGACAAAGGAUGUGUCACAGGCUUGAAGGAUCUUAUAUCUAAGUACAACUGGAUUAUAUUUGGAGUGGCAAUCGGAAUAGCUGCUUUAGAGGUGGUUGGAAUUAUUUUUGCCAUCUGUGUUUGUCGAGAGAUCAAUAAGGACUGAGAGAUUUCCGAACACCAAACCAUCGUAGUAUAAUCAUGUCCACCAUUCAUCACCACACAGCAGCUUUAGAAGAGCAAGGAUCUGGGUAUAAUCUUAUAAGUAUUCCACACCAUAGUAUUGGGAGAAGCUUUAAUGGUUUCACAGCCUACAAAACAUUGUACUGUAGUAGGUUUUUAUUUAUUUAACAAUGAUAUUGACUAAUCUUAUAAUCUAUGAGUAAAUGCAUUUUCUGUACUUUUUUGGUUUGAAAUAUGUACAUGGACAUGGAAAAGGCUUUUUGCAGUGAUUUUAAAUGUACUUAGAUACUGGAGAACUUAAUAUGAGUUCUUUUAAGCACUCCAUAAAUUGAAUAAUUUAUACUGAAAAAUGUAAUGCAGGCUUUUCUCCAUGUUUGAUAUUUAUAAACUUAUUUUGUAAACAAACGAAUGCAGUUUAAAGGUUUACUGAACAUUUAAUAAUUUUAUUCAAA